UCCUUUGUGCUCUGCAAUGGAGGGGUCUCAGCCAAGCGACACAACCCCCUUCUGCUCUUGGUUGGCCCCGAACCGGCAGUUGCAGGGUUAAUGUUUAGCAGCACAGGCAGAGGCAGAGGCAGGAGUCGCAAGGGGCUGAGCCAAGGAGGUGUGGGGGGCUGGUCCACAGCUGUUGUAGUAGGCAGGGUCUGCUGGACGAGGAAGCUUCCCUCGCUUGUCCCGGGGAACAAUGGGAGACAUGGGAGUCUCUGCAGACGCAUGCACGGCGCUCGUGCCCAAGGACGACGCCGUCCUAGCCGCGGCGUAGAUAAAAAAAAAAAAAAGCGGCUUCCUUGCUGCAGAUAUUGAGGGAGGGGGGGGUAGAAAAAAAAUAAUUGAAUCACAGAAAUGUAAGGCUGUAGCCAGCACACUCUCUCUCUCUUUUGGUGCCUUAUAAUACCAUGCUGCUGGGAGGAGACCCCUGCUGACUAGAUGACAGAGAACAAACCAGCGCCAAGUUCCUUGGUUUUGUCUUUGGAGAAUCGAGGUGCCUGACGGGAGCGUGAAUCCUCAUCGCAGGUCAAACGAGAGGUGAAACCACAGAUGAGAACGAUGUCUGAUGAGACGCAGCAGAGAAUGUGUGAUGAGGACUUUGGCUCCGACGAGGAGGGGGAGGAGGCCGACGUGGAGUCGUACCUGGAGGACAACAGCAGCGAGCUCAUGGACCGGCUGAAAGAGCUGGAGGCGGAAAAUUCAGCCCUGAUGCUGGCCAACGAGAGUCAGAGAGAAGCUUACGAGAGAUGCUUGGAUGAGGUGGCAAACCACGUGGUUCAAGCUCUGCUAAAUCAGAAGGAUCUGAGGGAAGAGUGCAUCAAGUUGAAGAUGUUGGUGUUUGACCUGGAACGACAGAACCGAGCACUUUGUGAACUUUUUCAACAGAAGCUGCCCAAUCAUUCCACGGCUCACUACCAGGUCCAAGCGGGACCCCUCCCAGACUACAAUGCACAGCUGCACAAUGACCCUGCCAAGCAUUUGGAGGCUGCUCAGACUGAAGCACAAGCCAAGGGAAACGGCUACCCCACUCAACACUCCUCCCCGGGCCCCCGGGGCCCCGCCGCCUCCUCCAUGGAGGCGCUUUCUCCGUUCUUCAAAAAGAAAGCACACAUCCUCGAGGUCCUGCGUAAGAUGGAGGAGACGGACCCUCUCAAGUUCCACCCGGCCACUUCGAGCUUGUCUUUCUGCGACUACAGCCAGGUGCUCAUGUCCACGGAGGCCGUUCUCGCCUCAACGGACCCGCUGCAGUCCAAAUCCCACCGCACGCACUGCCACUGCUCCCAAUCGGACGCCGACGCACUCCAACAUGUCAACGGCGACACGGCGGCGAAGUGCGAGGGCGGCAAUGGCUGCUGUUUGCACUGCAAAAGGAGUCCAGACGCACCUCUGAAGCCGUGCGCCCACCCCUGCGCUCCCCCGGGCGCCGUCCAGAGCCACGGUGCUCCCGGGGCCGCUAUGAACGAAUGUCACAGUAAGAGACGAACAGCAGAAUCGGUUUCCGUCGUACCGUCGAAGAACGACACGCAGCAGCUACCGGCCGUCGCCGAUGGCAACCCCAAUCGGAGUCGGGAGGAAGUGGAGCAGAAGGAGACCAGUGAAGAACUCACCGACUUCUUUCCCGUCCCACAUGUGUCUAGUUCAGAAGCCGCCCCCGUCCCCGUCCCCGACCGGGAGUCAAGUGAAGUCCCUCUGUCCUCCACGGGCGGCAAGGACGCCGCCCCCGAGAAGGAAGAAGCAGACCCGGAGGCCCCCGAUGUGAGAGCCGGUGCCUCGGUCAGCCCGAGCCCCUCCUGCCUCAGCGACGUAAAAGCCGCCGCCAUCAACUCCCCGUCCAAACUUCUCAAGCUCUUGAAGAUCCCGUCCAUAGGGGAGAAGUGUCAGGGUUCGAGCCCCGCCGUCCGCCUCAGCCCCCAACUCACCCGCAGCUCCAGGAUCCCAUGUCGCACCAACAACUACGAGGUGUACCACUCCCCCGUUCCCACCCGUAGAGCCACGACCACCGAGCGGUGCCGGCAGCCGCCGCCCCCGCCCACCAGGUCGGAAUCUUACCCUGCCACGCACUCUGCGCCGACGUCGCCGCCGCAGUCCCAAGACGCCUCCUCCACCCCGCCUGCUAAAGUCGACGACACCUAUAGCAGCUUCUCCGCACCCAAACCUGGCGCUCCCUCCAAGAUGGCCGCGCCCUCAUCCGUAUCUUCUCCCAAAGCUUCCCAGAGUAUUCCACACUACGAAAACAUCGGCGAUUUGUCCACGAGCGCCCGAGACCAGGAGUCCACUCACGCUCAGGAGAAACGAACCACUCUUCCAUCGCAACCAAAAACAAACGUCGGCGAAAGGAAGCUCGUGAAAUCGCUUCCGGAGAGCGUCCUCACGACGUUCCCUCAGCGAAAGCAGUCAUCGUCGUCUUCGUUUGAGUUGACGUCAGACGACGAAGACGACGAAGACAGUCUGGUGUGGGUGAACCAUCACGGCCUCCCCGACUCUUUGCCGCUCGCUAACGCUAACCUUAGCUCCUCACAAACCCGAGAGGAGGUCGCCGUAGAGAACUGUGAGGUUGCCAAAACGCCACCGCCGCCGCCGCCAACACGAAGAAGUGACUCAUCCUCCAUUCCCAAGAGGCCUGCGCCCGGCCCGACAAGGUCUCAGGCCGAUUCCAGUCACUACGCCUUCAAGGACAGACUGGCUGCACUGGGAAAGCUGAGGAGCUCCGAGGACUUGCAAGCGGGGUUCAAACCUGUAGAUGCUAGCAACGAGGCCGCCGAGGAGAAAAGUAAGACCUCCGAGAGGCCUGUGGAGCUCCUCAAAGAGGAGCAGAGACAUUCCAAAUACACCGACUCUUUGGAUGGGAAACCCAGAGGUCCCGGCGGGGGCUUGAAGUACCCGGGUUCCUCUCAGCUUCACGAUCAAGGUGUCAAAUCUCCGUCGUCUGGUGUUUGUGUCGGCAAAACGGAAUGUUCCAAGAGCAGAAUAGGCUUAGCGUCGCCCAACGCCGACGCUCCGCAGGUAUUGCGCAAUAACAUAAAGUGUCCCGGAUCGCUGAAUCUCGCCUACAAUCUCAAAAGCGGCAACAGUCCCAACAAAAUCCCCCCUAAGUCCCCGUCUAAGCCUUGCCAGGGUCCGUCGGUCCACAGAGCAGGGAAACCUCCAGACGCUCCUCGUUACUCCUCCAAGUCGGAGGAGCGAACCAAGAUCAGCGGCAAAGGGAAAAAGAAUCCCAUGUACGGAGAUAGCCUCCCGCCGCCUCCUCCAAGACCUCCCGCAUCGGAGUCGGAAAAGCCGCAGCCGCCGCAACCGCCGCCGCCGGUUCCCAGCCCGCAGUCAGCCAUCGAGCAGAAAGUGAUGAAGGGCAUCGAGGAGAACAUGCUGAAGCUCCAAGAGCAGGACCGAGGUCUCAUCCAGGGCGGCGAGGUAAAGCAGAAGGCGUCCAACGGCAUCGCCAGCUGGUUCGGACGCAAGAAGAGCAAACUACCCGCGCUCAGUCGCAAAGCCGACGCCCCCAAAGCGAAAGACGAGAAAAGGGAGUGGAAGAUCAACAUCCCCUCGGUGGGCAAGGACUCCGUCAAAAUGGCCAGCAGGUGUAAGGAAGGCGUGGAAGGUCUGAACAUCUCCACGCUGAUGGAGAAGGCGGAGGGACUGAGGAGGGCGCUGGAGGAAGAGCGGGCGUACGUGGAGAGGUCGGGGAGGGGUCACUCGUGCGAGGUGGUGAUGGACCAGGCCCAGGGGCAGCUGGCCGUCAUGUACAGGGGCGGACGCUCGGACAACUUCAUGCAGCAGCUGCUGAACAGAGUGGAUGGCAAAGACCCCGUCAGCAUUCCCCAGAGGAGGCUCUCCUUCGACUGUAAGACCUCCAGGCCGCUCUUCGGUCAGCACGGCGACAUCAUCGCUCAAACCGGCGGCGGGGACGACAUAGAAAAGCAAUCCGAUCGACUCGGCAAGAUCACAUCAGACGAGAACCUGACCGAUUCCGUUCACUCCCAACAUUUUGCAGGAUCUGGUGCUUCCACCUACACGCUGGACAGCGGCAUCGGCACCUUCCCUUUACCCGACUGCAGCAGCGGCGCGGCAGGGCGAGGCCUGUCCAAGACGAGAGCCGAGCAUCACCCCUCGGCUUCCCCCGGGAGGGCCGGGCGACGGGCCCGCACUUUGGACAGGGAGCCCACGCCUCAGGAGGAGUUCUACACGCCGCACAAACAGCCGAUUCCUACCGUGCAGCACGGAUCCAAGAUGGAGGGAAGAAGCCCGGCAGGCCUCGUCCGUGAAGACAAAGACGCUCAUGCAGCCAACAUGUUUUCUCCCCGUUCCAAGACUUGGACCUUCCCCAAUUUGAAGACUCCAGCAGGACCAGCAGAGGUGUACCUGGCCGUGGAGGAGGAGCAGGAGGAGGUGGUAUCCUACAGCACGCCGUUCCGAGCGAGCUUGAAAGCUGGUGGUCCGUCCUCCAGCCGCAUGGGAGACCCGGGCAGCUUGCCCGUCCCGGCCCAGUCGGGAAUGAGCCGCAGGGGCAAGACUCGCACUCCCAGCGUUCCUGAAAUGAGCCGGGAAUCUGGGCUGGAACUGCUCAGAGAGCGGCCGGAGGAAGCGCUUUCCCCGAGCCGCCCACAGGUUCUGGAAACGCCCGAGUCUCUCAGCGACUCUCUGUACGACAGUCUGUCAUCGUGCGGCAGCCAAGGAUGACGCAAACACCCGGUCCGGUUCUAAAUCCCGAUCCAGGAACUUGGGAGUUAUCUUGUAUGACGCCGCCUUGUGGCCUGUUUCUCAGUAACAAGGAUCAAUGUGACUUCUCCUCAGGAUUUCCCUACAAAGUGAAGCCAAAACCACCAAUGAAGGUCGCUGACCUCUGUGCAAAUUGGAUUCAUGUGUACAGGACCGCCAACGCAUGGCCAAGCUAGCAAAUAGCACAAGUGGCAUCCUGCUAGAUAGUGAGCAACAUGUCUGUUUUCUCUCAUCCUGGUCUCUUCCUGUUCACAUGUUUUUUUUUUAUGUGGCACUCCGAAAAAGGAAAAAAAGAAUGUUAAUUUUUUUUUUUAAUUAUUGUUUAAAACGGUCACAUUUUUAGUGUACAAAUAUUGGUCAUGUUGAUAUUGUUUUGCGACCACGGAAGGUUGUCAGAAAAAUGUCUGUUUGAAAUCAUAAUGCAUUUAAAAGGUAAUAUAUACCAGCAAUAAUAACAUAGUUAAGAGAAAUGGCUACACUAUUCAAUGAAUAUGUAUUUCUAUUUAUUUAUUUCAAAAUGUAUAUCAUUCUCAUCUUUUUUUGUUGUAAGCUUUCUGUGAAAUGGAAGUCUCCUCGCUUUAGGUUCUGUUCAAUUUCAACAUGUGUUGUUGUUCGCCGCCUAGAUGAUACGUAGAUGAUCCGCUGUACGUACUGCCGUUUUUUCAAAUUUAUAAUUA